UAAUCAAGCUGGAUGCUACGCAAUUUUGUCUCUAUAUGUUAAUAUAUGAAUCUAUAGAUCUAUACAAUUCAGUAUGAAAUAUUAGAGAGCCUACAAAUAGAAAUUAGGAGAAGGGUAAAAGUAAUGGAUUCCAGAAGCUUCCACUUUGUGUUGGUCCAUGGAGCCUGCUUUGGCGCCUGGUGUUGGUACAAAGUUGCAGACCUCCUUAUUAAGGGCGGUCAUAUUGUCUCUGCACUUGACAUGGCUAGCCAAGGCAUUAACCCCACUGAUGCAGAUCACAUUUCCACAUUAGAGGAGUACAAUCAGCCUCUCACAGAAUUCUUUACUGCUCUUCCUUCCCAUCAUAAGGUGAUACUGGUUGGCCAUAGCGCUGGUGGCAUCAAUGUAACUUAUACCAUGGAGCGCUUCCCACAUAAAAUUGCUGCUGCUGUUUUUGUUACUGCAGUUAUGGCCCUCAGCGGACCGACUGUCAAUGACAGUUUCAAAGAGGUUCUAUCUAGAGUUGGAAACUUCGGAGACUCUACAAUUUCCUUUGUGAAUGGAGCAGAAAAUAAACCCAGAUCCUUUAAGUUUGGCAAACAGUUUACACGAGAAUUUUUGAUGCAAAACACGCCCUCCUCGGAUAUUUGUUUGACUGAUUCUCUGCUCAAAACAUUUCCUUUGGGGGAAGAAGCCAUUUCCUACUCGAAUGAAAACUAUGGACGAGUUCCCCGAGCAUAUGUUGUGGCCAAAGAUGAUAAAAUUUUAUCGGAGGAAUUCCAGAGAAAAAUGAUUGCAGAGAAUCUUCCACAAAUGGUAUACGAGAUAGAAGGAUCUGAUCAUUCUCCAUUCUUCUCCAAGCCUGAUCAACUUGCUCACACACUCCUACAAAUUGCUAAUAGAUUCCUGUGUGACUAACGUUGUGCCUCGUUUUCUUUUCAUAUUUCUCCAUAUGAUACUUUAAAAAUCCUCUAAAGAAUAGCCUUACUAAAGUUUAUACUCAUAUUUGAAGUGUGGAUUCAGUAGGAAGGGGCAAGUUUAAAUAGCAUAUUUGGUUCAUCUAUUAAUCUGAUUU